GAUGGUCACAAAAUAUUUAAGCACAGCCUCUCCACAAACCACCGAACCUCUCUCUCUCUCUCUCUCGCUGAAGUUUUAAUGGGGGCCAGCCCUGUCGGCGCAAGAUGAAGUUAAUGGGUGGGACCCAGUCACCGGAGAGUACUGGCAUGAGGCUACGCCGGGUGGGCAGGAAGCCGGACAAAAUCGGCUCCGGAAUCCGGCCGCGGAAGUCCGGAACUCCGCGGGGGAAAUCUGGGGCGCUUGCCACACCUUUCUUGAAGUGGAAGUUCGACGACAGAGACUUCUGCAUCCCCGCGCAAGACCCGCCGGUGGCUGGACGGCGGUGUUAUACGAAGUUGAGAGGCGACCUCGAGGCUUCGGUAUCGGCGAGGAGGCUCGCUGCCGGGCUGUGGCAAUGUCGAUCUUCUGAUCAGUUACGAUACGAGUGCAGUAUUGUGCACGGAAAAAAUGCAUUUCCCUGUCAUCAUCAUAGCAGAGAAUUUGCUGCUAAAUUGAAGGAACUGCCGAAGAGCACUCUUUCUAUAACUGGCCCAAGGAAUGGCAUUCUGUCUAAGCUUGACUCUUCGCUGUCACUUCCCAAAUCUGCAAUGCAGGGGGCAGCAAAGUGGGAUCCUAGGUGCCAAACAUCAUCUGAUGAGGUUUACCACUAUUUCAGCAGCAGCAUGAAGCUUCUUGAAGAUCAGCAUUCCAUUACUGUUUCAGCUUUUUCUGCAUUGCGAGCAGAACUUUUAAGGGCCCAAACUCGCAUUCAAGAGUUUGAAGCUGAGCAGCAUUCCUCUAAGAAGAGGUUUGAUCACUUCUUAAAGAAGCUUGGUGAGGAAAGAACCUCAUGGAAAAGAAGAGAACAUCAUAAAAUCCAUAUGAUUGUUGAAGGCUUGAAGGAAGAAUUGCACAGGGAAAGGAGAAAUUGCCAGAGGAUUGAAAUCAUUAACACCAAAUUGGUCAAUGAGUUAGCUGAUGCCAAGUUAUCUGCUAAGUGGUGCUUGCAAGAGUAUGUGAAAGAAAGAAAAGGCAGGGAACUAAUGGAAGAGGUAUGUAAUGAACUAGCUAAGGAAAUUGCUGAGGACAAGGCUGAAGUUGAAGCAUUGAAGAGGGAAUCUGUGAGAAUUUAUGAGGAGGUUGAAGAAGAGAGAAAGAUGAUGCAGAUGGCUGAGAUUUGGCGAGAGGAACGGGUCCAGAUGAAGCUGGUUGAUGCAAAGCAGAUUCUUGAACAUAAGUAUAGCCAAAUGAACAAACUUAUUGCAGAUCUUGAAGCUCUUCUGGGAUCAAAACUUGCGUCCUCAAAUGCAAUGGAAUCAGAAAAUGCUGAUUUAAUCCAACAGGUAGCAAACUUGGUGAAAAUUGAAGAUUUCAGUGAAUUUUCGUAUGUUGCUCCAAAGUCUUACGAUAUAUUUUCUACUACCAAAGAGUUCCAUAAUGGUGAAACAAAUGAAAAGAAAUUUAAACCUUGUGCUAAUUAUCAUCUUGCUAGCCAUGCAUCAAAAGUCCACAUUACGAAUCCUGACAUUGGUGAGCUUGACAAAAGCCAUGUGCAGGACAAUUCAGUUGGCCUCAUUGUCCAUGACAGGGGUUCGGAAGAAGGGGCAUGUGGGUGGGUAACUGUAUGUCAUGCUGAGGAUCAGGGUUCAAUUUAUUGCCCCAAAGAAUGUGAUGUUUCUGUUAACAAGACUAGCCAAGGUAAAAAUGUCUCAAGGAGUGUUACAGAAUGGGAUGAAAGAGCAGGACAAUAUUCCCCACACACUAUAAUCAGUGAGGUCUGCUCAGUAUCAGCAAGACAAUCGAACCAGCAGCCGUCUUUUGUAUCCAGGACUUCGGGAUCAUCCCCAAGUAAUGGUGUUGUUGACAGGAUUUUGUCAGUUGAUGCAAAUGGAAGGCUUUCAAAUGGAACAAUUUCUAAUACCGAAAACAUUUCCCCAGGCAGAGAUUCAGCCAAAAGUUUGUCAGUUGUCCAGCAGGAUCCAUCAGUGCGAUGGAGCGCAUCUGACUUGAGGAACCCACACAUAACUCGAGGGAUUAAGGGCUGCAUUGAAUGGCCAGCAAUCAUCCAGAAAAAUAGUUUGAAGGCUAAGCUCUUGGAAGCAAGGAUGGAAGGACGGAAAAUACUAUUGCGACAAGUCCUAGAACAAAAGAGUUGACUGAAAUGAAGUCUCAAAAUAUUUGGCUGGUCUGAUCAAAGUUAUGGUGGAAACUGAAUUUUGCCUUCCCCAUCUUCACCCUUUUCACUAUUAGGUGGUAAUAUGGGAGGAAUUGGUGGAAGCUCACCAAAAGCAGCCCUCAACUGUGGACAGACACAAGCUUUGUCUGUAUUCAUAUCAAUCAUCCAUCGAAUUCAACCUGUAAGAGUUUUCUCUCAUCACUUGCCAAUGCCUAUUUGUCAUUUCCUUGCUUGAGCAACCGAGGUGUAAUACACAGCGAAUAGAUUUACUUUUGUCUCCAUAGAAGUAUACUUUUCUCAGAAUUGAGAGCUGUCUAUGCAAAUCGAUAUUGUAUACUAUAUUUAUAGAUGAAAAAUGAGAAUACAAUUGAGGGAAGAAAUUUUCAUUA